AUGAAGGAAGAGCCGAUAACACAACAGUCAAGCUCUAAUGCUUCACUAGAUUCUUCAAAUGAACUAAGUUUAUUAGAGGAAGAAGAAAAUGAUUAUGUAGAAUUAAAUGAGGCUAAUUUUAUGGAUGAUGCUUUUGGUAUUGGUCAAUUGACAGAAACAUUAACUAAAAAUCAAGAACGACCACCUGGUGAAGAAUUGAAUGAAUCAUCGACAGAAAAGACUAAUUAUGAAGAUGCUCCCACUCAAAGACGUAAGUCAACAGCUGCAGAAGUGGUACAAAAAUAUAAAUUUUGGGACAAGGAAUUUAAAAAUGAACGAACCAAAAUCAUUCUACGAUUUAUUUACAAUUACAUUUAUUUAAUAGCUGGUCUUUGUAUUGCAUUAUGUAUAUAUUGGGGUUCAUAUUACAAUCGUACUUCUAGAUUCAAAAGAAUGAAAAUGGGUAUUUAUAUUGCAGAUCAACCGGUAGGUGUUUUGCCAAACAUUGUUGGAAAAACAAUUGAAUAUUUUUUCACAAACGUAACAGCAAUACAAGCAGCUGGAGAUUUCCAAGUGUGGAAUUAUGAAAAACUCGAUGAAGCUGCUAAAUCUCAUAAUAAUAAUAUAACAGAAGAAGUUUAUCGACAAAUUCAUCAUCAAAAAGUAUGGCUUGGGUUUUAUGUUCGCGAAAACGCAACGCUACAGUGGUAUCAAGCCUUAGCUACAGGUCAAAAUUUUAAUAUAAGUACUAGUCUAAUGGAAUUGGUUUAUGAAACUGGACGAGAUUAUAAUGCUGUGAAUAAUUAUAUCAUCACAGUUUAUCAACAAAUACUAAGAGGCUACUAUACUUUUAUACCACAAUCAAAUUUAGUUGGAAGUAUGUUGAAUACUUUGAAUGAAACACAAGUCAAUAACAUAAUGAAUAAUGCUCCAGAAUUGGUAACCACGAUACCAACAUUUAAAGUUGUGGAUUUAUUACCAGUACAAAAUCCAGUUUUCCAAGCACCAUUACAAAUUGGUUUGAUUUAUUUGGUUAUAUUUGCAUUUUUUCAAUUCAUAUUUACAAUCAAAAUUCAUAUGUAUAUUGCUGAAAAGAUUAAAGGGCUUCCGUAUGUUGGUUAUAGAAUUUUAUCAGCACAAUUUGCUUAUUUGAUUGUUUCAUUAGCGUUUGUAACUUUAAAUACGGCCUUUGGUUUAGAUUUUACCAGAACUUUUGGCUAUUCAGGUUUUUUAGUUAUUUGGAUGUUUGGAUAUUUAACAAUGGCAAGUUUAGGUAGUAUUAUCGAGUUAUUAGUUUUGUUAUUAUUUGUUAUCAAACCACAAUUGAUUGGAUUUUUAUUGCUAUUUGUUGCUGUUACAAAUCUUGCACCAACAGUUUCACCAAUUGUUUUAUGUCCUGAUUUCUAUAGAUAUGGUUAUGCUAUGCCAGUUAGAAAUGCUUAUGAUUUGUUACAUGUUGCUUAUUUUGACGCCUGGAAAGGUCAUAUGGGUAGAAAUAUAGGAGUAUUGAUCACUUGGAUUGUUGUGAGUAAUGCUGUCAUGCCCUUCGUAAUGAAAUGGAUGGCUAAAAAGAAAGCUCAAAGGAAGUAA